GCCUCUGGAGGGUGCCAAGUUGGCAGCCCCUGGGCCCUGGAUGCAGCAGGCCACGUUGGAGGGACUCGAGCUCCGCAUACAGCGUGGCAAAGCCUCUGCAUUUAGCCUGCUUGCACAUUACAAUGCGUGGCAUGAGAAUCCUGCUGCUUGCUCGAGCUCCACACAGGUAAGGGUCACUUUGCUGCGUUUGAUACAGCUGUACAGUGGCAGACCUUCAUCUGGGGCGCCCUGAAGCUUGAACUGAUAUUGAACCCUGACUUUAUCUGUCGGGGGAGGGGGCCACCCAUUUGCGGUCUCGCACCGAUCCCCCUUGAUCCUUUGUUCUCCUAAUGGCCCAUCACCCAGGCAAUCACCCCAACGCAGGAAGAAGAAAUAAUGUUUGUUUGUUUGUUUGUUUGUUUGUACCCUGCCCAUCUGACUAGGGUGCCCCAGCCACUCUUGACCGGGCUUCCAACAUAUAUAAAACAUUAACCCUUAAAAAGCUUCCCUAUACAGGGCUGCCUUCAGAUGUCUUCUAAGGUUAUACAGUCAUACCUUGAUUUUCGAACAGAAUGUGUUCUGGAAGUCCAUUCAACUUCUGAAAUGUUCGGAAACCAAGGCACAGCUUCCAAUUGGCUUCCAAUUGUGCAGGCAUGCCAGAAACAAUAGCAGAAGCCGCAUCGGACGUUCAGAUUCCAAAAGAACGUUCAAAAACCAGAACACUCACUUCUGGGUUUCGAUCGUUUGAGAGCUGAAACGUAUGAGUACCAAGGCAUUCAACAACCAAGGUACGACUGUAUCACCUUGAUAUCUGAAGGGGGGGCAUUCCACAGUGUGGGCAUCACUACUGAGAAGGCCCUCUGCCUGGUUCCCUGGCUUUAUUAGCUUUAAUUAGAUUUUAAAACUUGCUAGAUCCAGGGAUUAGAGGAGUCUGGCACUCCCAAAUUCAUAACAGUAUUAUCUCCCGAAUAAAGGGUAAGUAAUGCCAACUUUGGACAUUUGAUCACAUUUUGCCCAUUAUUGCUUUUAUUUCCCUGAACACACCCUUCCAGGGGCGUUCACCUUUGUGCAGGUCUACUUGAAUGCUAGUUUCUGAAGUGCAAACCAAUUUAUUUGGGCUAUUCUUGGUGUCCAGUAUCAGCUGGGUGAUGUUUCUGCAGCCAGACGGAAUGCUGGCUGCGUUUGUGGAAACUUCCAUUGUGACUCUUAUCUGCUUCAAGAGGAGCAACUUUGAAAAACAAGAACAAUAAAAGCCCCACACCGUACCCAGCUACUACUUUUCCUCCUCGGAAAGUGGCCAUAUGUCUCUCAUACACCUGUACAAAUAUAAUACUAAGUGUUAAUACUAAGUAAACAGCUGGCAAGGUCACAGCUGUGAAGAGUUUUAAGAAAGCGGGGGUGCAUGGACCAUCUCCAAACGAUCAGGAACGGCGAAGGUAAAGAGACCCAAUGCAAUCUGUCAUCCACGAAGAUUUCAGUUUUCUCUGAGGGCAAGACUUCCUUGAUGCAGAUAAUAUACAGCAACAGAAGGACACACCAUGGCUGUGGAUGAGAGCCGGCCAUUCCCAGCAUCAGGGACAUUGCUAAGUCCUUUGGGGGAAAAGCUCUGGGCAUAUGGCGCACACCUGCUUACAGUUUGUGCAAAUUUAGCUUUCUGAGAAAAUUAAGACAGUGGGCGGCUGGGUGGGGCAGCUCACUGGCACAGCGCUUCAUAGCCCAACUGCCCAGUGAGAAAAGUACAAGGGGUGUGUGUGUGUUGUAAGGUGACAAGAAAAUUGGGGGCAGAAGAUGUGGGGUCCAGCGCAAAAGGCUCAGGGCUUGUAAGCAAAGCCCUUGAUUUUUUGGGCAUCGUCUUGACCUUGCUGCCUUGACCACGUUGAGGCAUCUGAUCAAAAUCUGCUUUGAGCUUAAAAAAAUUAUAUUUGUAAAUAUAUUUUUCUCUGCCAGGGAAGAUCAGCUGAAUACUCUGGCAGCUGUUCAGGGGCCCCACUGCUAUAAAUAGCAGUAUUUCAGGGUUGUAAAAAAGUAUUUCAGGGUUGUAAAAUUAGAGCCAGAGAGCAAAAGGUCACACUGACCAGAAUACAAUCAAGCUGUAAAAACACAAUUAAGAACUGGUAACAGAAAACUCGAGCCAUAAGGUUAAAGGUUAAAUGGAAGAGGUUGCUCUUAGAAACAGCUGCUGGUUAGGGAAAAAGGUUUCUUUAUAGAACUUAGGAACUUAGCUUUUACUAAGUUCCUUCUAAUUUGAAAAGGCCUUUCCUUCUAAAAAUCUAUCUAUGUUAUGUAUGAAAUAUAUUGGCUUAAAUGUGAUUAUGCAAAGGAUUUAGAAAGUAAGAAAUGUUAGAUUCUUAUGUUAGAUUCCUAUUAUGGUGGGUGAGAAGGUGAACUCAAGAUCUCUUUAAGAUAAAAAAAUUAGAAACCAUGCACCAUCUGCUUUAGCCAUCUGGUUUGCGGUGAAUAGGGCAACAGGGGCCAAAGGUUAUCUGGUAAUUGAGGUGCCUGGUCGAGGUAAAUGUAAGAUAUAUGGCUACUUGUCUGCCAUUUAUGGAUACAAGGAAAUAUAGCUUUUUGUCUCCCAUAAAAGGGAAUAGGAAAUGGGUGUAUCUUUUAUGAUUGGUUCUAGCAAACAACCAAUAGGAAUUUCAACCAGGCUGAUUGGACAGAGGCAGCCAAAGGAGGAGCAAGGGGGCUGGGCUGAGGAAAUAUAAGUGCUGGCCAUCAGGGCUGGAGUAGGCAGAGCUUUGGUAUCCAUAUACCACUGUGUCUCUCAUUUAUUUGUCUGACAAAUAAAUUAUUAUUUUAAUUUCUCUAUUGCUGCGUUGAAUAUUUCAUUCCAGCUAAGCGUUAACCACAAGCAGGGUGCUACAUUUUAUGGUGCCUCUGUGACUCGGAUAAGUGGUCUGCUGGAACGCAGCCCCUUCGCCCUAGCGGGCAGGGUACAAGAGGGAGGACCACUGACCGCUUACCCAGCGCGCACUGGAACAUUUUUCCAGGGGAACGCAGAAGUCUCGUCUGUCUGAUACCCUGCUCACUGGCGGCGACGGACCGGGGGUAACCAGAGAAAUAAACAGGGAACCAGCUAAGGGUAAGUGCACAAAGGGGUUGUGGCCCUCCAAUUAAUUGGGAGGAAGAGAAGUCUUGAUCAAACUUCUGCGUCUCAGUAAGGGGGAACUGAGUACGCUAGGUGGUUGGGUACAUCAGAUGGUGGUCUGGUGGAGGGAAAAGGGAAAGAUUGGGAGGUAGAGUGUGGUGAAGUAUCCAGCGCAUUGUAUGUGUGAGAAAGUACAAUCUGUAGCUGACCUGAGUGUGGAGUGGGUAGUACUUCGGUUCCUAGUAAGGCGACUUCACUAGGCAAGGAUCCCCACGAAGCGUGUGUGUGAGUGACUGAGUGGAUACUUCACAGGGCCAUACAAUGGGAGUUGGAGGUUCAAAGGGGAAAAUACACCUCUUGAAUGUAUGUUAAAUAAUUUUAAGAAAGCCUUCUCAGGAGCAUAUGGAGUCAAAAUGACGCCAGAGCGCUUGAGAACGUUAUGUGAAUUAGACUGGCCAAAACAAAAUACUGGAUGGCCACCUCAGGGAAGUUUUGAUAUAAAUUUAGCAAGCAAACUUUGGUCUAACAUCACCAAAGAAACUGGAGGGUGCCCAGAACAAUUUUCAUAUAUAGAUUCUUGGCUGAGCACAUUAAAUAAUAAUCCUCCAUGGAUAAGGGAAUGCAAAGUCCAACAAUGCAAAUUAUUGGCUGUAAAAGCCGAAGCUAGGAAAGGAAUCUUGCCAAAUAAACUCAAACCCAUUUUUGAGGGACCAGAGGAAGAGGUGCUUCCACCUCCACCCUAUGCUCCACAUCGAGGGAGCCUAAUCCAAACACUCCACCAGUUGUAACCCCAAGGCAAGAAAGUGGAAGGAAUAAUGGGGCUGGAGUCACAGAGCUUGAUUCCUUGAUAGAUUAUGAUAAAUAUCUUCAGGAGGCAUUGGAGUCCUAUAAUAAAGCCCAAGCAGAAGUGGUUAUUCCACCUGUGAGUCCCAGUAGAACUCCAUCUACAGUCUCCUUUAGUGGAACAACUGAUUGCCCACCCCAAACCCCUGUACAUCCAAGUCCUAGAGAACUAUUACAGGAGUUACAGGGAGACUUUGAUCGGUCAGUAAGCAAUACAGCCAGGCGUAUAAAGCUGUUAAAAGAACGCCUUGGGACAAAUACUAUCCCCUAUGAUUUGAGGCCCCUAAAGCAAAGCGAAGAGAAAGGUCACGUAGUAGCCCCUCUCAGAAGAGUAUUUGAUGCACUUGAGGAGCCUGUGCUGGUUAACGGGCAACUCGGACCACGGCCACCUCGAACUUCGACCCUCCAGUACAUUCCAUUCACAACUACGGAUCUGAUGAAUUGGAAAACACACACCCCGUCUUUCGCAGAAAAACCUCAGGCUAUGAUGGACUUGGUGACUUCAAUAGUAAAUACUCAUAGUCCUACUUGGACAGAUUGCCGCCAGCUCCUGAAUACUCUGUUCACCACUGAGGAAAGAAGAGACAUAAUUGAAAAGGCACAGAUAUAUUUGCGUGAGCAGGCCAGAGUGGGAAAUAUUCUUAAUGUUGACCGUCAUCUCCAGGACAAUUUUCCCUUGGAGGAUCCUAAUUGGGAUCCAAACAAUGCAAUUCACCUGGCCAGGCUUACCACCUACCGCCAGACGCUUGUGCAAGGUAUCCGCAGGGCAUGCCAGAAGCCCACUAAUAUGACUAAAGUCUCAGAAGUAGAACAGAAACCGAAUGAGAGUCCGGGAGACUUUUAGAGAGGCUGCAGGAAGCCUAUCGUAUAUGGACUCCUUUUGACCCUGAAGCCCCUGCAAACAGCAGAAUGAUUACUGCUACUUUUGUGGCUCAGUGCGCUUCUGACAUUCGUAAGAAAAUUCAGAAGUCAGAAGGCUGGGAAGGGAUGCUGAUGAGCCAAAUUAUGGCCAUUGCACGCCGAGUUUAUCGGAAUAGGGAUGAGGCUGAGAAACAAGAGAAGAAGAAGUGGCAGAAGGAAAAGAUGGUGAUGCUAGCCACAGCAGUGAAGCAAGACUACCGCCCUUUAAAUGGAGGGAGAGGGCGGGGAAGGAAUCCACCACUGGGAAGGAAUCAAUGUGCGAAUUGCAAGAAGGAGGGUCAUUGGAAGCGGGAGUGUCCUGAACCCCUGAGGUUGGAAGAAGUACGCCCAGGCCCAGGCCCAGGCUCCGGCCCAAGAAACCAGGGACGGGGACGGGGAAUGAUCCGAGAUGGAAGAUAUCAGAGACCUGGACAAGGACGGAGUAGAGACAAUUUCAUUGGACUGGCAGAGGAGGAUUUUACCCAAGACUAGGAACGACCGGACUCCAUAAAGUUAGGCUUCCAGGAGCCCACGGUCAAAAUUCAAUUAGGGAGCCAUUUAAUAGACUUUAUGAUAGAUACUGGCGCUGAAUACUCAGUACUCCCAGAACUUUUGCAGAAAAAGGCAUCCAAAAGUGUAGUCAUUAAAAGUGCCACUGGUCAGUCAGCUAAGAGGUCUUUCCUCCAACCUUUAGAAUGCCAGAUUGGGGGACAUCAUUUAACCCAUCAGUUUUUGUAUAUACCUGAGUGUCCAAUGCCUCUCUUAGGUAGAGAUAUGCUGUCCAAAUUGCAGGCCCAAAUCACCUUCACUCCUCGAGGUCCAGAAAUGAAACUGCCAUCAAAGGCAGCAGGAAUAAUUUCCCUCUCAGUACCUAAGGAACAAUCAUGGCGCCUAAUGUCAGCCCUGCAAGUCCAACCCACAUUGGAUACAGAAUUAAACAAGCUCCUCCGAACCCUACAAGUGCCACCAGGAGUAUGGGCCGAAAAUAGCCCACCAGGAAUGGCUAAGAAUAUAGCUCCAAUUGUAGUAACCCUAAAACCUAUGGCUACCCCUGUAUCUGUAAAGCAAUAUCCUUUACCCGGCGAGCAGCAGAGGGCAUCCAGAAACAUUUGGACCGCCUAUUAAAAUAUGGUCUGCUUAAGCCCUGCCAAUCAGAAUGGAACACACCCCUUUUGCCUGUUCGGAAGCCUGGGACAGAUGAAUACAGGCCAGUACAGGACUUGAGGCUCGUAAACCAGGCUAUCGAGACCUUGCACCCAAAUGUACCAAACCCAUAUACCUUGCUGAGUUUGAUCCCACCAGAAGCAACAUUUUUACUGUAUUGGACUUGAAAGAUGCAUUCUUCUGUUGCCGGCUGGCACCACAGAGCCAACCUAUAUUUGCCUUCCAGUGGGAAGACCCUUUGACAGGAACAAAAGGCCAGCUAACCUGGACAAGAUUGCCCCAGGGAUUCAAAAAUUCCCCAACUUUAUUUGGCACUGCCUUGGCGAAGGAUCUAACAAGUUACCCCUCAAUACCUGGAAAAAAGGUGGUUCUGCAAUAUGUAGAUGACCUUAUACUAGCGGCAAAGGAUUUUGAUACCUGUAAAGAAGGGACAGAGGAACUGCUCCACUUGCUCUGGGAAGCUGGCUACCGAGUUUCCCAGAAAAGGCACAGUUAUGUUUAGAAAAGGUCAAAUAUUUGGGCUUUGACAUCUCACACCAACAACGAGCAUUGAGACCAGAGAGGAAAGAAGCUAUUUGCCUUAUCAAGGAACCUACCACAAGGAAACAACUCAGAGGAUUCCUGGGAACAGCAGGGUUUUGUAGACUAUGGAUACCUGAUUUCAGCAGUCUGGCCAAGCCCUUACAUGAAAGCACUCGAGGUGCAGAAAAGGACCCAUUCGUAUGGGGACCUGAGCAGCAACAAGCCUUUUUAGUUAUCAAACAACGACUUAUGGAGGCCCCAGCCCUUGGACUGCCUAAUUCGGAAAAACCCUUUCAGCUGUAUGUACAUGAACAGAAUGGGAUUGCAGCAGCAGUCCUGACCCAGAGAUUAGGAAGUUGGAACCGUCCAGUAGCUUAUUUGUCAAAACAAUUGGACUCAGUAGCAAAAGGAUGGCCUCCAUGCCUAAGGGCAGUAGCGGCCACUGCAAGCCUUGUCAAAGAAGCUGAUAAAUUUACCUUUGGCCAGACGAUGUAUGUGAAUGUACCUCAUGCUGUUCUGACACUCAUGGAAUAUAAGGGUAGUUAUUGGCUAACGAAUCCAAGGAUGGCUAGAUACCAAGGCCUAUUGUGUGAAAAUCCCAGGAUUCAUCUACGAGUAGUGAAUAUGCUCAAUCCAGCAACUUUGCUGCCCCUACCAGAGGUAGAUGAUGAAGAAUCACAUGAUUGUCUCCAAAUAAUGGAUGAAGUGUAUUCCAGUAGACCCGAUCUGAAAGAUGAACCAUUGAAAAAUCCAGAUGUUGUAUAUUAUACUGAUGGUAGCAGUUACCUGCAUGAAGGUGCCAGACGAGGCAGGAUAUGCUGUGGUCACCAAUGAGGAAGUUGUGGAAGCUGAAGCUUUGCCUGCUGGCACCUCAGCACAAAAGGCUGAACUUAUAGGUUUAACUAGAGCUCUGCAAUUGGCAGCCGGAUGUAAGGCAAACAUCUAUACUGAUUCUAAAUAUGCCUUCUUAACCCUGCAUGCACAUGGAGCUCUAUGGAAAGAAAGAGGUCUAAUCGGAGCCCAUGGGAAGGCCUUGAAAUAUGGACCUGAAGUAGAAAUCCUGUUGGAAGCAGUAUGGGCUCCAGAACAGAUUGCUGUAAUGCACUGCAAAGGUCAUGGACGUGGAAGGGAUCCAAUAACCAGAGGAAAUCAUGCUGCUGACAAAGCAGCCCGAGAGGCAGCCCAGAAGCCUGUGGGAGGAUUUAUAGCAGCCCUCAUACCAGAGGUAGUUCCAGAAGAAAUUAAACCUCACUAUACCCCAGAAGAGAGGAAGUGGGCUGAACAGGAAGGAGCGGUUGUGAAGGACGGUUGGAUGAUCCUGCCGGACAAUAGGAUUUAUGUACCUCAUCACCUAGCAGGCACAAUUGUAAGAAAUUAUCAUGAAUCUACUCACCUUGGCGGUACUGCAACCAGAGAGAGUCUCAGUCGGAAGUUGUAUAUUAUUAACCUAUCACAAUUAGCAACUUGCAUUUCACAGAAAUGUGUUCUUUGUGCUAAAAACAAUCCCAGGCAGGGACCGGUACAACCUCCUGGAAUCCAACAUGUGGGAUACGUCCCCAUGGAAAGCCUAAUUGUGGACUUCACAGAGCUGGUCCCUUCUAAGGGAUUCAAGUACCUCCUUGUGUUUGUAGAUACCCUUACCGGAUGGGUUGAAGCUUUUCCCACCAGGACUGAAAAGGCACGAGAGGUAACUAAGAGACUCCUCACUGAAUUGAUCCCGAGGUUUGGAUUACCUAGAUGCAUUGGAAGUGAUAAUGGGCCAGCGUUCAUUGAUCAAGUAGUACAAGAAGUAUGUCGAGUCCUACAAGUGAAAUGGAGACUGCAUGCAGCAUAUAGGCCUCAAAGUUCGGGGAAAACUGAAAGAAUGAAUCGGACUCUGAAAACCCAAUUGGCAAAAUUAACCCAGGAAACAGGAUUGGGAUGGGUAGAUGUGUUACCCAUAACACUGUUUCGUGUUCGGUGUGCACCCACAAAAAGACUUAAGUUGUCACCUUUUGAGCUCCUGUAUGGGAGGCCACCCUCCUUUGUUCAGGAUAUUCCAGCUGACCUCAAACAAAUAGGAGACCAUGUGACACAGGGACAAGUGCAAUCUCUCUCCCGUGUUUUUGUUUCUCUUAACAGGUGGGCCCUCGAGCGCACGCCGUGCAGCAUUGCCGAGCCGAUUCAUCAGUUCCAGGCUGGCGAUAGCGUAUGGGUGAAAGAGUGGAAACGUGAUCCACUUGCACCUAAGUGGCGUGGGCCUUACACCGUCUUGCUCUCUACUCCAACAGCGGUGAAGGUAGCUGAGGUGACCCCCUGGAUUCAUCACUCCCGUUUGAAGAAGUCCGAAGGCAGUUGGACGUGCAAAGGUGACCCCUCUAAUCCUUUUAAACUGACUCUCUCCAAAAAAACCCUGUAUCUAGCCCUACGGGGAACGGGCUAGGUCACGGGCAACAUUAGACGACCGGCCUGCUGCAGCCACAACCUGGAAGCUGGCUGACCUGCGCACGCCUGAAGCUUGAGGAGCGUCUGAACCAGCGAUUGUGAACAGGAAGAUUCUCUUAUACAAUUGAUUGACUGCCCCCCCCUGUGGAACAAUUAUCAGGGAUAUUACUCAUUGGGGAUCCUCGGGAUAUAUGUUUUGGUCUUGGUGGUUCCCCAUUUCUGUCAUUGGGGAAUUAUAUUGGGCCUAAUAUUUUUUGUUAUCACAAUAAGGUAAUCUUUUGUGGAAGAAAUGCAUAUACUAGACAUCAACAUGAUUUUAUUAUUAAUCCUGAUCCCUUGGGAAGGGGAAGGGUCCUUGAAUCUGACCAAAUUUGCUAAAUAUGGAUUCCGCCAUGACCACAAUAUGUGGGUAGGCUUAGCUGAGAUGGUAGCCAAUGUUACAAAUAGGACCAAUUGCCUUGUUUGCUCUCUUGGACCAGAUGAUUCAGAGGGAGGUAUGCCCUUAUUACCGAUACCAUUAAAUGCCAUUGGUAUGGUAGCGAAAUGCCACACCAAACAGAAGUACAGAAUUUCCCCGGAUGGAACUCAACUAAACCAAUACGAGUUAUACCUGUGCAAGGGAAUUCUGUGUACAUAAAUUAUCAGCUGCAGCUGAUUCUAUCAUGAUAGGCUCUUCUCAUUGCCACUAUACUUGGGAUUAUAUUAAGAAUAGUCAAACCUGGGCAAACGGUACUACCUAUCGAACUCGGAAUACCUUGCCCUGUGCACCUCCUUUUAUUCAUGCAUGGAAACUGGUGUGGAACAUAACUGUGACAGAAAAGGCAAUCUAACAUACUGCACUGUGAACUCUAUGCCCCUUUUGAUAUUUCGCCUUAUGCACUCCACGUACCAAAACCUCAGACCCGAUGGUUGUGGUGGAUAUGUGGAGAAUGGGCAUACAAGCAACUCCCUCCCAAAUGGAGUGGGACUUGCUUCCUGGGAUGGGUAUUACCACCAAUGUGGAUUAUGCCCACUAGUUCGGCAAAGCGUACACGAAGAAAUGCUGAUAUUUCUCAUAUAGCAGGAGGAAGUACCCAAAGUUGGAGUGAUACUGAUGAUUGGCCACCAGAGCGCAUUAUAGCCUAUUAUGAGCCUGCCUCCUGGAAUCCUGAUGAGCUCAUACAAGGGGCACGGGAUCCUAUUUAUAAUCUAAACAGAAUAAUUCGAUUGCAAGCAGUAGUGGAACUUGUAACCAAUGCAACGGCCCAGAGUUUGAGACUUAUUGCACAACAGUUGGAUGAAAGUAGAGCCGCCAUUUUGCAGCUGAAAAUGGGAAUGGAUUAUGUACUUGCCAGGCAGGGAGGCCUAUGUGGAGUCUUAAACUUGACAGGGAAUGCCUGUUGCUUUAACAUUUCUGAUAAUGGUGAGGCAAUCCGUGUGUUGGCCACAAAGAUGGAGAGUAUAGCACAUGUCCCAGUACAAAUAUGGGAAGGAUGGGAUAUGGGAUGGCUCACCAAUUGGUUACCUAAUGUUGCGGGACUCAAAGGGAUACUAUUGUCUUGCUUGUUUUUCUUGACGGUAGUAGUAAUGGUUUUAUGUACGGUGCCAUGUAUCAUUUCAUGUUUUAGAAGUACAAUUAGCAAGAUGAUUUCAAAUGAAACUUUACCUCAUAUUAUGGCCCUAUACAGAGCUUUACCUCAGGAAUAUGACGAAGGUCAAGCUAUCAAGGACACUUGGGAUGAAGGUCCUUGAGCUUGAAAGGGGGGAAUGAGGCAUCUGAUCAAAAUCUGCUUUGAGCUUAAAAAAAUUAUAUUUGUAAAUAUAUUUUUCUCUGCCAGGGAAGAUCAGCUGAAUACUCUGGCAGCUGUUCAGGGGCCCCACUGCUAUAAAUAGCAGUAUUUCAGGGUUGUAAAAAAGUAUUUCAGGGUUGUAAAAUUAGAGCCAGAGAGCAAAAGGUCACACUGACCAGAAUACAAUCAAGCUGUAAAAACACAAUUAAGAACUGGUAAAUCAGAAAACUCGAGCCAUAAGGUUAAAGGUUAAAUGGAAGAGGUUGCUCUUAGAAACAGCUGCUGGUUAGGGAAAAAGGUUUCUUUAUAGAACUUAGGAACUUAGCUUUUACUAAGUUCCUUCUAAUUUGAAAAGGCCUUUCCUUCUAAAAAUCUAUCUAUGUUAUGUAUGAAAUAUAUUGGCUUAAAUGUGAUUAUGCAAAGGAUUUAGAAAGUAAGAAAUGUUAGAUUCUUAUGUUAGAUUCCUAUUAUGGUGGGUGAGAAGGUGAACUCAAGAUCUCUUUAAGAUAAAAAAAUUAGAAACCAUGCACCAUCUGCUUUAGCCAUCUGGUUUGCGGUGAAUAGGGCAACAGGGGCCAAAGGUUAUCUGGUAAUUGAGGUGCCUGGUCGAGGUAAAUGUAAGAUAUAUGGCUACUUGUCUGCCAUUUAUGGAUACAAGGAAAUAUAGCUCUUGUCUCCCAUAAAAGGGAAUAGGAAAUGGGUGUAUCUUUUAUGAUUGGUUCUAGCAAACAGCCAAUAGGAAUUUCAACCAGGCUGAUUGGACAGAGGCAGCCAAAGGAGGAGCAAGGGGGCUGGGCUGAGGAAAUAUAAGUGCUGGCCAUCAGGGCUGGAGUAGGCAGAGCUUUGGUAUCCAUAUACCACUGUGUCUCUCAUUUAUUUGUCUGACAAAUAAAUUAUUAUUUUAAUUUCUCUAUUGCUGCGUUGAAUAUUUCAUUCCAGCUAAGCGUUAACCACAAGCAGGGUGCUACAACGUCUGCCUCUCCCUAUUCUGUCUGACACAGGGGUUUACGACCCCUUUAUUCGGAGGGGACAAAGAAGGAAGGAAAAAGGAAAGGUUCUGAGCACGAGUGCCCCCCCACCUCACAAUUUAUGGCUCUGGCCCAGGAGUGGCUCUGGUGCCCUGGAAAACACAAGGGACCCAAAGGGAGAAAGAGGAAUUAGCCGAAGCCUUCCCCCGCCCCCAGCCAAGAAACAAUAAUGUCUUUCACCAGGAAAAGGUGACCUUCGCUGAAGUGUGCCUGGAGGAAGAGCGCAGAGACCCAAGUCAGCUCUAGCAGCUUGGAAGCGGGGCCACAACCUUCAGGAAACAUGUAAGAGCUUCCAGCUUGGAGGGGUCUGGGUGGCCGAGAGCAGGGUCAUGUCAGAGGGUCAGGGCACGGACAGGGCUCCCUCCUUUGGCACCUGCCCAGUUUCCUCUUUAAAGUUUUUUGGGGGACAGAAUUUGUAGCCGCUCUCCUGCCUCUUGCAGCUCUUUCGCCGGCCUUUGGGGGCCAGUUGACACAGAAACCAGACCUUGCGGUUUCUGCUUCUGUUAGAUUUUGGCAGUUUCCCUUCCAUUUCCACAGAUGCUCUGUGAUAAAGAAACAGGUACAGGUUAGUGGCAUAGCGCAAUGUGAACAUGUUCAUUCUAGGAUCUAGGGAGGGCAUAUCUAUUUCUAAGCUUAGUGUUUCAGACAUACUUGGGGGGGUGUUUGGAUGCCCUGCCUGUGAUCCCCAUGGAAAUGGCUCACGCUGCUUAUUGUCUUUGUGUCUGUGCCGCACUCCAAGCAAGCAGAACGGUUUUCCUCUGACAGAUGCCUGGGUUUGUGUGUGCUCUGUGUAUGUGUCUACGGAAGGAUGCAUUCAAAUUUAUCACCUGCCUUUCUCUCUAGAUUUUGGCAUUCCCACUUCCCCAGUCUGUCUCAUUCCCUUUUAAAAAUAAAAAUAAAAAUAUUUUUUAUUAAAUUUUACAUAACACAUUUCAGUUUAAACAUAUCAAUUACCUUUACAUUUAGGAUUCUCAGAAUCUCUUGACUCCUCCCUGCCCUUUUCUGGUUUCCAUUGUCCAUCCCUUUUUAUUCAACUUAUCCCUUUUCUUCCAAUUUAUUGUAUCUAUUAUUAACUUUUCCGUUAUAUUUUGUCGUUUACAAGUAUUACUCUAAUCCUGCCAAAGAUUUUAACUAUUUACAAUGUUCUUUUAAAUGAACUAUACAUCCCCCCCCCUAUUUUCUCCUAAUCUUCUUCUCGUCCUGGUCUCUGAUUCUCCCGGUCAGUUUCACCAUUUUGGCAUAGCCCAUCAUCUUCAUCAGUCUGUCUCAUUCCCAAACUGGUGCCAACACACUGGGAGCCCUCCAUUUAAUUCCCCACCUCCCCAAUUUUUCAUUGAGUGCUCAGGCUGUGCAGUUUGGCACCAGCUGUUCAUCUGUGCCUUUUUCUUCCCUCAUCAUUAUCAGUGCACACACCCCAUGCGAUUUAGCAAAGCACUGCAGAAGCAACUGAGGUGCAAAUGUAUGGGCAGGCAUAUCGAGAUUCCGUUUGCGUUCUGCUGAUGCGCAAGAGCACCUGCUCUGGAGUUGUGAAGGCUCCACAGUGAAAGACUCAAGGUGGCACCAGAAUGUACAAUCACACCCAGAUUUCUUUUUUUGUAGGGCGUGCAGAAUAUCAGGAAUAUGGGGUGUUGGGGGAGAGGGAAGACUUCAGUGAACUGUGAAGGCACUGGCAGCUGUGGCUAACUGCAUACACUCCGGUUCCAGAAUUCAUUUAGAAUUUUGAGGCACAGCAAAGUUCUGGCAGAAGGCAGGAGUUGAAGGAAGGGAGAUCUGCCUCUCCUCCUCCUACCAAGGGUUCUAACCAGCAGGAUUGCAUCUCUCUCUGUGCAGGAGAAGGACCAUGACAUCAGUGCCUCUGCUGGUCUUCCUUAGCAUGGCAGCCCACCUCCUGCAGCCCACCCUCUGCUUGAGGGUCGGUGCUUUCAACAUCAGAACCUUUGGAGACAGCAAGCUGUCCAAUCAGACCGUCACAGACUUCAUCGUCAGCGUGAGUCCAUCUGACCGCCAAGGAGAGACACUUAUUCCAGGGGUUCUUGUUCAAUUGCUUUAGGCUGGGCUCCUCCAAAGAAGCAAUCUUUACAGCUUAACAUUGUGCAGACAUGCUCCAUGGACCCUUGGAAACUUUCCGCACUCACCGUUAGCCAUCAGGCUGGGGUUUAUGGUCCCCAAUGAUCUCAUUUUCUAUGUUCACAGAAUAUAUCUGUCACUUGCCACCCCAAUCUCUCGGCAGUGAAAGAAUCCGGGGGCUCCAGGCAUUUAUUCAGAGUUCCCUUUCCUUGGAACGAAAGCCAGCGGAGAUGGUGGUGUCUUUAGGACAUACUGUAUGGUUUUAUUUACACAUUUAUGCAGCCUGAGCAUAGGGGAUCGCAGCAUUAACACCCCAACAGAUCUUGCUUCUCCAUUAAUCACAGCUUUGGAUCCAGCACAGAGCAAACGGGCCUGUGUGUCUGAAGCUUCCAGCCUGCUUUCUGCUCACACAUCACUGGCUAUUGUUCCUCUAUCUAUGACCCGGAAAGCUGUCUGUUGACAAACGCCAGCUUCCUCAGCCUGAAAGGGGCGUGGGUGGCGCUGUGGUCUAAACCACUGAGCCUCUUGGGCUUGCUGAUCUGAAGGUCAGCAGUUCGAAUCCCCGCAACGGGGUGAGCUCCCAUUGCUCAGUCCCAGCUCCUGCCAACCUAGCAGUUCGAAAGCACACUAGUGCAAGUAGAUAAAUAGGUACUGCUGUGGUGAGAAGGUAAACAGUGUUUCUGUGCACUCUGGUUUCUGUCACUGUGUCCUGUUGCACCAGAAGCGGUUUAGUCAUGCUGACCACAUGACCCAGAAAGCUGUCUGUGGACAAACGCCGGCUCCCUCGGCCUGAAAGCGAGAUGAGCGCCACAACCCCAUAGUCACCUUUGACUGGACUUAACCGUCCAGGGGUCCUUCACCUUUUACCUUUUACCAUCUCUAUACCAGCUAGGUGAGGGAGGGGGAAGCCUCCUGGAGGGCGCCAUCACUUAGUGGUAGGUCUUGCACUCUUUUUGGGGUGCUAAGGCCACUGUCUUACAAAGCAACCAGUCUAACUAGUUCAGCAAACUCCUCUUGUCAGCUUUUAACCUCACUGGGUACAGAACUAGAAGGGACUCAGGGCAUCAUCUAGACUGACCCACCACAAACCUACAACAUACCAGAACAUUCCCACCUUUCCUCACUGCUCACCUUCUCUUUUUCCACAUCCAGCUCCUCGCAUUCAUCCCAGCUUGAGUCCUGAAGCUGGUGAAAUUCUCUCUGCUCUGCCUCCUUACAGAUUUUGUUCUUGUAUGACAUCACCCUCAUCCAGGAGGUCCGAGAUGCCGACCUGAGCGCAGUGAAAAAGCUGAUGACCCAACUGAACCAGUGAGGGCUUUUUUGAAAAAAGGGUAUCUAGAGGUUAUGUGGCUUUUAGGUGUAAUCAAAACUUAUUCGAUCAAAGCACUCCAGGAUUGGGGGAGACUGGGAGGGUGGUGGGGAUGACAAGUCCUGGCAAAGUCCCUUUUUCUCCAGGAAGAGAAAAAUCCUAGGAAUUUUGCCCUGGGUUCGGCCCCAGCAACCGCACACCCUAAAAGGGGAACAUUGCAGCAGCUGUUGGGAAGAGUGAGAUGGCAGCUCUUGAAGCAAGAGGCAACACCGCAGAUUACCAAUCCACUUUCUCUGUUCUUCCUGUGUUUGCCUAGAGUCAGGCAAAAUGAAUAUAUUUCAUUGCUAACCUUCCCUUUUAGGGCAUCACCGUAUCCAUACAGCUAUGUGGUCAGCAAGCCUUUGGGUCGCAACAGCUACAAGGAGCAAUACCUCUUUGUUUACAGGUGAGAGCCUCAAGCAGAGCCCAGGAUGUAACGGGGGGGCGGGGCAGCAUCACUGGAGGGGAGAUUUCCAGAGGGGCAGCAGCAACUGUUAUGUACUGAAGUUCCCACCCUGGGCCAGCAGGGGGAUACUGUAGAUAGUUUUCACUCAGGUCCACAUAUGCAAAUAAGGGAUUGAAAGUGACAUUCAGUGAUUGGAUAGUUACAGAAAGUGGUUACUGUUGCGUGGUAGUGGAGCUCUAUAUAAGCAGGCUGGCUGAACCCUUCAGUUCUGUUCUGGCCUGUGAAUAAACAAAAGCUGUUUGAAGAAUCACUGUGCGGUCUGAUAUAUUCACCCACAACUUAACAGCAACCAUGUGACUCUUCAGCAGCAAAACAGUCCUGUGCAGCACCUUAACAACAACAAACGUGUUAUGGCAGAAACUUUCAUCAGAUGCAGGACGUGGGGUCCUGAGUGGCAGGUAGAUAGCUUUACAUUGCUGGUGGUGAGGAACUGUAAAUAUAUGGAAAGGCAUUGCAGGAAAAUACAGGCAGUUACAAAGCACGAUGGCUAUUAACGCACAUUUAACUCACACGUUUUCAACCAUACACAGUUGAAGGCCGUCUGGUUUAAAUCCCACAUGUUAAAUGCAAGCGAGGAAGAGAGCUCAAAAGUUAUUUUCAUAUUGGGCUUUCCCUGUGGAAGAAUAACUUUUUAGCUCUCUGCCUCGCUUGGUGAGGGUGGGGUGAGAAACUCUCACGUGCCGCCUCCAGAAGCCACAGGGCGCUCGCUCGCAUGAGGAUGCUUCCAAGGGUUUGAAUAUGCAAACUUUUGCAUAUAUGCGGAACCCAUGGAACAGAAUCCCCGCAUAAGGUGUGAUUGCACUGUAAUUACAUAUUUUGUGUUUGCCUCCCAGAACACUUUGCAGCUGGCUGGUACCCAUCUGGGAGCAAAGGAACUUAAAAGGCCGCAACAUAAAGUUUUAAACUGUUUUCUAACAUUGUGGUGUGAUGUUGCCUUGUAAUGUUGUAACCCACCCUGGGACCUUAGGGUGAAGGGAGGGAACAAAUUAAUAAUAAUAAUAACCCCCACCUCCAGCCCCAACUGUGUGUGUACCAGGAACCCGGGAUAACUAGGACUCUGGUGCAGUGAACUAUAAUCCACAAAAUCUCUCUUUUAUUGCCCAUUAAUUUUUAUUGCUUUUCAGUUUUUUAAACGAAUUCAACUUUAAUUCUAAUUUAACGCAAAUUUGAAAAUGACUUCCCAGCCCACCAUUGAGAUGUUUCACUUCCCACCCUCCUUAGCUGCUGUAAUGUGUGAACUCUCAUGCCAUGUUGUACUUGUUUGCCCUUAAGGUGGCACAGGUCUCCCAGGAUGUGGAGAUGCCCUGGGUGCCUCUCCCAGACUUUGUUGCAAACUGUCACCAUCUCCCUUUGGUGGCCACAGUCUCUGACCCAUCACUUGCAAGGGACCCAAGCAAGGACCUGUCUCUCUCCUCCUCCUUCUCUCCACACAGGGAGGACAACGUCAUUCUCCUGGACAGCUACUAUUAUGACGACGGCUGUGAGCCCUGCGGGAACGACACCUUCAGUCGGGAGCCCUUCAUUGUGAAAUUUGCGGCACCUCAGACGCGUAAGCAGCCCCCGCCUCCCCCUCUCAGCUGAUGCAGCUGACAGGGCAGCCCAGGGAGAGGAGAAACUGGCCCUGCCGCAUCUGCAAGAAAUCAGUCUUUCAGUGAGGUGGAAUCUACCCUUUGGAACUCCUUGCCUCUUGAUAUCAGGCAGGCAGCUUCGCUGCACUCUUUUCAGCACCUGCUGAAAACUUUUUUUGUUUUUUAAAAAUUUAUUUAUUUGGUUAUUCAAAUUACAGUUUUACAAUCACAUAUCCAACAUACAACAUAUAGACAAGAUUCCAUAGAAUCUCCCAGACUUCCCUCCUUCCUUUUGUGGGUCCUAUUAUUAAUCAUUAUCUCCUGCAUCUUUUAUAAUAAUCCAAAUCUUUCACAUCUCCAUUAUAUCCAAAAUUCACCAUUAAACUACAAGUGUCAUUCCAAUCCUACUAACAAUUUUAACUGUUUACAAUGGUUUUUAAGAUAAAUUAUAAAAUUUCCCCAUUCCUUGUUAAAAUUUUGGUCUUCCUGAUUUUUGAUUGUUCUGGUCAUUUUUGCCAUUUCGGCAUAAUCCAUCAACUUGAUCUGCCAUUCUUCUCUGGUGGGGACUUGGCAAGUCUGCCAAGAUAUCCAGCAUGCUAAUGUGUUUUUAGUUUAUUGGUGCUCUUGGUUUUUUGAAUGCUUUAAUUUUUUCCUGCUAAUAAUUUUAUGGCUUGUCCAGAAGCAAUAAAGAAGCAAUAAAAAGAAAGUUUGCUCACGAUCGGCAGACCACAGUGUGAUCCCUGCAGGCAGGCUUAAGGCUUAAAGUUACAAACGUAUAAAAACAGGUUUGUCCCAUAAGGGAGAUGACCUGGGGGACUGCUUGGCUGGCAGCCAGCAAUUCAUUCCAGGAAGUUUUCAGGACGAAAAGAAGCUGGAAAAGAGAGAGUGUGGCAGCAUGCCUUGGCCUUUUCCCAGGUCUGAAAAGGUCAUGCCCAUUCAAUAGUUGCAUGCAAGGAAGGAUGCUUCAGGCCAGGUGGAACAGGAAGUUUCGACUGGCUGGACCAAACAUCCCCCUGCAUGUCCACUCUAGGAAAACAAGGAAUGUUGCAUUUGACUGCUCUCAGUGGAUUACAUCCCACACUCGGAUUGUGGCUUUGGGGUGUUGUAAACAAUAAAAAUCUGCCCUUUUCCCCUUAUGGGGUAUCCAAGAGCCCAUAUAGAGCCCAUAUAGAGUUCCCUAUUGGUAGGAGAAAAUAACAGAGGCCAACCAGAGAAUAUUGAGAAGCAAAGCAGCUAGUAAGCUUGAUCUUUAUUGAUCUGUUGCAACAAGGUGCUUCCCUCACACACAGGAAAGGAGGAGGAACCCCAAACAAAGGUGUGCCCAUCCUUAUAUAGACAUUUUAAAUUGCCUGCCCUGGAGUCCAAGACCACCCCCACAAACAUCAUACCUACAUCAAAGAAAAGGUGGUCUACAACAGAAAUUUGAACGCUGUUGUUUUUCCUGUCUGGCAGGUUAUCUGAUAAUGCCUUAUCUGAUUGCCUUUCCUGGUAGUCUGUCACCCUUUGAGAUGGUGAUUUCCCAAUUCCUGAGACAAUGGGAAGGCUACCUGACCCCCUCCCUCCUUGCAGAGAAAACAUUUGGUCAGUUUGAGAGUCAAAAUGGUUUCAGGUCGGUCUUCCUGUGCUGAUCUAUGUACGUGCCUGGUUGGUACAUUUAUGAACAUUUAUUAUACACCUAAGACCUAAGGGACACGGGUGGCGCUGUGGGUUAAACCACAGAGCUUAGGACUUGCCGAUCAGAAGGUCGGAGGUUUGAAUCCCCGCGACGGGGUGAGCUCCUGUUGCUCGGUCCCUGCUCCUGCCAACCUAGCAGUUUGAAAGCACGUCAAAGUGCAAGUAGAUAAAUAGGUACCGCUCCGGCAGGAAGGUAAACGGCGUUUCCGUGCCCUGCUCUGGUUCGCCAGAAGCGGCUUAGUCAUGCUGGUCACAUGACCCGGAAGCUGUACGCCGGCUCCCUCGGCCAAUAAAGCGAGAUGAGCGCCGCAACCCCAGAGUCAGUCACGACUGGACCUAAUGGUCAGGGGUCCCUUUACCUAAGACCUUAAAACUUCUUUUAACAGGGGCAAGAGGUCUGGCACAGCCAGGGGAAGGGAGGAGAAGGCAUGGGGGGGGAGAAGCCAUACUCUGUGUCCCCAGAUGGAGGCAGCAAUUCUUCUGAAUCCCGAUUGCUGGAAACCAUGGGACAGGGUUUUGGCGCUCGAAUCCUGCUUGCUGGUUUCCCGGGUGUGGGUGUGGUUGGCCUCCGGGAGAAUGGGAUGCUGGAGGGGGUGGGCCGUGGGUCUGACCCAGCCGAUGCUCUUUGGAUGUUCUUAACUGCGACUUCUCCCUCAGAGGUGGGGGAACUGAUCCUGGUGCCUUUGCAUGCCGCUCCCGAAGAAGCAGUGGCCGAGAUAGACGCCCUCUACGACGUCUUCCUGGAUGUGAGAGAUAAGUGGGGGACAGAGGUAAGUGCCCCCCCAAAAGUGGUGACUUUUGCUUGCCACCGGUGGUUGCUUGAGAAAUAUCGGGGGCAUUGUGGAGAUUAGACCCCAGUCCCACUUAUAUGUACCGUAUUUUUCGCUCAGUAAGACGCACUUUUUUCCUAAAAAGUAAGGGGAAAUGUCUGUGCGUCUUAUGGAGUGAAUGUGUGGUCCCUGGAGCCGAAUCGCCUGAGUGUGGCGCACGUCGUUACCCCACCCUCCCGGGUUGCCGGCGGCCUCCCCUUUCCCCUGGGAAGGUUUGGGAGCGGCGGGCACGCUGUGUGACGUUGCCUGGCGCUCCCGGGCUGCUCUCUUUGAGAGGGGCUUUGCCAACGGCCUCCCCUUUCCCCUGAUGGCUCCGGGGAUGUUGGCUGGAAGAUGGCGAGAAGAGGCAGCUGCUGAGAGAGGAGAGGAAGAGGAUGGAGAGGAGGGGGACCUAGAAGCGGGGCGAAGGGAGAGGAGGUAGGUUGCCACAAGUGGAGAGUCAUGGGAGAGGGCAAAGGAGAGGCAGCAGCGAAAAGGAGAAAUUGCAGGCGUUGCCUGAGGAGUUUGGGCGAAAGGGACGGAGAUGAUUUGCUCAUCUUUAAGGAGCCACCAAUGUCCUGAGGGUGGGAGGUGGUCCACAAAAUCGCAUACCACAUUUUUUGCUCCAUAAGACGCACCUGACCAUAAGACGCACCUAGUCUUUAGAGGAGGAAAACAAGAAAAAAAUAUAUUCUGAAUCACAGCCUCCUCGGGAGGAGAGUGAUCCCCGCGGAGGCUUGGAAGGCUUUCCUUCUCCCCACUUUUUUCUCCCCCUCCACAAGCAGCACAGGCCCCUUUUCCAGCCUCCUCCUCUCCGUCCCUUUCGCCCAAACUCCUCAGGCGACGUCUGCAAUUUCUCCCCAUCGCUGCCACGUGUCCUUUGCAUACGCACCUAGUUUUUAGAGGAGGAAAACAAGAAAAAAAUAUAUUCUGAAUCACAGCCUCCUUGGGAGGAGAGCUCUAAAAACUAGGUGCGUCUUAUGGAGCGCAAAAUGCGGUAUAAGGUUUUGUGGGUAGCAGACAGGGGUGCCAACUUGAAUAAAAUAUUGGGAGGGGGGCAGGUAAGCCCUGCCCCACAUAAAUGAUCACAUGACAUGGCGCACACACACCAUUUGAAUGGCAGUGCCCAUCAACUUUGCCCCCUCCCACCUGAAGCUUGUUUAGUUUGAGGAUGAAAGACUAAACAAGGAUAAAAAAAGAGAAAAGAAACCAAGACGCUCUCAUUUCAUUGCCUUGAUUCUAGCUGUUGUGUCUGGAGAUGCAAAAUUCGCCAGUGGCUUUUUAACUGUUUACAAAUAGAAUGUGAUUGUAAAAUGAACAGUUUGGGUUGUGUUCUAAUUAUGAAGUUUCUCCAGAUAUUAAUAAAUCAUAACAUUUUUUGGCUGCUUACAAAAAACAACAACAACCAACUUGGCCCCCACUUGGCCCCCUCAAAUAUUAUAUUAGGGGGGUCAAAGGUACCUCGGCCCCUAGGAGUUGGCUCCCAUGGUACCAGACUCCCCUAAAUUCCUCAGUCCAGUAGGAGUUAGAAUUUAAUCAAGGGAAAUGUUAAAACAUAAGCCUGGGAGGGGAAAAGGAAGGCAAUGGCUCAUUAAAAGAGCUCUGUCCCAGACAGCAAGUGGGCAGGUGGGUGGGCCCCUUCCUCCAGCUCUUAGGUAGUUCGUGAAAAGAACAAAAGCCAGGGUUUAGAGUUUUAGAAUUGGCUGGGAUGUGACCUGGAGGAAAAAAGUUGCACUCUGGUAAAGGCGGCAGGCUGGAGAGAGGGUCAGAGCACGGCGGCUGAUGUCUGUGGGCGGCUAUAGGAGAAACAAGACCCUCUUGAGAUGUUAAUGCUGCGAACCCCUCCGUCGUAGGCUCAGGUGUGGUUCUUAUAUGUAAAUAAGCCGUAUAUUAUAAAGAAACCACAGGCUGCACUGUGCCUCAUUCCCAUGGGCCCUGGGAGAGCGCCUGGAACCCCUGGGAUCUCGCACCACUCAGAGAUUGGGGUGGCAGGCAAUUAAUUAUGUGUGUGUGAGUAUAUCAAGGAAUAAUAAAAUCAUAGAACUGUACAGUUGGAAGGAUCCCUGAGCGUCAUGUAGUCCAAACGCCUGCAAUGCAGAAAUCUCAACUAAGGCAUCCAUGACAGACGGACAUGGAUGUGUGUGUGUGUAAUAAUAAUUUUUUGUGUGUGUGUUGGCAGCACACAAACACAUAAGAGUAAUGAACUGUCCACCGUAAAUGGUUUAAUUAGCCAAAGGCCUGGGAGUAGAGGAAUGUUUUUGCCCGGUGCCUAAAGACAUUUCAGGCAAGCCUCCCUGGGGAGAGUAUUUUUUUAAAAAAAAUAUUUUUUAAAAUUUUAUUUUUUACCAACCACCAAAACACAAACAGUGAAACCUACCAGGCGGCUGAUACAUUGGGUAUACAAUAUUCAAUAAUAUACAUAUUCAAUAAUAUUCAAUAAUAACAUAUUCAAAUCAACCAUACGUACACUUCUAUAUACCUUAACACUCCUCCUUCCACAAGAUUUAUUUAACUUUUAACAUUUUAAUUGCCCCAAAUUGUUCAAACCUACUCAAAUAAUUCAAUAUCUUCUCAAACCAAUCCCCCUCUUUCGCACUGACCUUAAAUCCUUUCAUUCUAUGUAUCUUCACAGUUAGGUAUCCUAAAAUUAUAAUAUUAUUCAGUUUUUUCCUCCAUUGGUUCACCCCUAACUCUUCUGCAUUUUUCCAAUUACCACUAUAACCUGUCUGGCUGCAAUUACCAUCAACUUUACCCAUUUGCCUUCCUCUUUUGUUUUUAACUCGGUACUACUCAGGGUAAUAAGAACCAUUAAUUUAGUUAUUUCCGCAUUCCUUCCCACAAUUCCCAAUAUUUCUAUACCAAUCUGUUUCCAAAAUUCAUUAACUAACGGACAAUCCCAGCAGAUAUGACUGUACGUUCCAGUCACUCCACAUUUCCUCCAGCAAUUCUUACUUCCAGAUUUUGUAAGGUGAUAUAACCUUACUGGUGUAUCUCUCUCCCUGGGGAGAGCAUUGCACCAACCAGGAGCCACCACAGAGAAGGCCUGCUCUUACGUUGCCAACCCUCCAGACCUUUCGUGGAGAGGGGCGCAUGGAGACGGGCCUCAGAUGACGACUGCAGGGUCUGGGCCAGUUCAUAUUGGGCAUGCGUGUGUGUGUUUGCCCAAGGGUCAGCUUCAACCCUGAGCCGUGUCUUUCCUGGGGUCCAUAACCACCUCCUGAGCUUGUUUCUUCCUCCUGGCAGGACAUGCUGUUCCUGGGAGACUUCAACGCUGGCUGCUCCUACGUCCGGCCUGAGGACUGGCCCCGCAUCCGCCUGCGCACCAACAGCGCCUUCCAGUGGCUCAUCCCAGACACAGCAGACACCACUGUGACCAGCACCCACUGUGCCUACGACAGGUGAGUGGCAGGAGGCCAGGGCCCAGAGGCUCUUUCUCUCUCCCCCCAGAGCCACUUUGGGGCUGCAAAAACAACGCAGCAGUAUUGAGUUACUGGUCUCUGCAGCCACAGCAGGCACUGCGAUUCUCAUAGAAUCAUAGAGAUGGAAGGGAUCACCAGGGUCAUCUGUUCCAACCUUCUGCAAUGCAGGAAUCUUUUGCCCAAUUUGGGCCUUGAACCCACAACCCUGAGAUUAACCAUCUCAUACUCUACCGACUUCACCCCCGGAGGCAUACUCCAUUGUCUCUUGAGACAGGAGGACGCCGACAACAAUCAGAUUCAUCCCAUUGUUCUUUUUUAUUAUUUGCUGAGAUUUAACUGAAAGUUAGUGCAGGUGGCGCUGUGGUCUAAACCACAGAGCUUCUUGGGCUUGCCGAUCGGAAGGUUGGCGGUUCAAAUCCCCUCCGGUGGGAAGGUAAAUGGUAUUUCCAUGCGCUGCUCUGGUUCACCAGAAGCAGCUUAGUCCUACUGGCCACAUGACCCAGAAGAACUGUCUGUGGACAAAUGUCGGCUCCCUCGGCCAGUAAAGCGAGAUGAGCGCCGCAACCCAGGAGUCGUCCGCGACUGGACUUAACGGUCAGGGGUCCUUUACCUUUUUAACUGAAAGUUUUAUUGAUGGCUUCCCUGUGUUGUUGUUGUUGUUGUUUGUAAUUUGGUCUUCAGUUUUGUCUAUACAUUUCGUUUUUUGCUUUUCUUUUCUUUUUUAAGAAUAAUUUUUAUUCACCAACCAAUCACAUCAAAUCAAACCAAAUUACAUAAAUUCCAAAUUACAAAGCCAAAUUUUAAAUUUUUGUUGGGGGUACCCAUAUUUCAAGUUCCGAAGGGGAUCCAAUCAUCUUCUUGCUUCUUAUUGCUGCUUUUAAUAUCCACAAAUCUAACCAUUUGAUGUUCACAGUACUGUCCAGUCCUUUCUUAUUGUUUUUCCACAUCUCUUCUUGUUAUUUUAAUAUAUUUUUCCUUUCUCUUUGUGACCUCUGAUAGUCUCCACAAGUGGGUUAAAACAGUUUGUAAUCCUGUGUGGAUAUUUUUUUUAUUAUCCAAUAGCCAUAUCCAGACGUUUUCCGUAUAACAUCACUUCCAUAACUCAAAACAGUCUUAGCGUCGUUAAUCUUCACAAAUCUGUUGCCUUUCUCAACCUCUGAGGAGAUUCACCAGGAAUGCAGUCUGAAAACAAAUCCAUUCCUCCUCCCGGUUAUAAAUCCUUCGGCAAGACUUGCCAAGAUGGCGAUUCUGUAUUUAUUGCUGCGCCAUUCCAAAAGCUCUUGUUCUUUACUCAAUCUCCAUAAAGCAUACUUUUGGUUAAAGUUUAUUUCCACACAGUCCUUAAUCAUCCUGCUUGGGUCAGUUAACCGACGGUUCUAACGAGGGGGGGUUCUUGGUUAAUCACAUAGAAGAAAAGAAAAAAAGGUUCCCCCCCAUCCAGUCCUGUUGCCCACAUACCCAGCCUUUGAUGUCUUCUUCGUAAAAUAUUCCUGUUGCUCCAACCCAUCGUCUUCUUUCACAGAGGUCCCUUCUGUUAACAGUCUUCACUCCCCUUCUUCACUUGAAAUAUGUGCAUUUGCUUCUUUUGUAAUUAAUUAUUCCAAAUUGCUGCAGCUAGUGCGCGAUCAAGGACAGCGUCUAGGAGAACCGGGGUCCACACAGGGGCAUUCUGCCUAGUGCCCUCACCCCCUUCUUUCAAAUUUGGGGGUGAUUUAUGGGCACAGCAGGCAAGGGCAGUGUUCCCCAUUCCCUUGGGGCAACAAGGGAGGCUGCCUACUCCCAUAACAGCCUCUUAAUUACCCCGUGUGGUCCGGAGAGAUGGUAUUGUCGGCCAUCUUCCAAUGCGCCCCUAGUGGCCCCCCUCGUUUUUUGCUUUUCAAAGGUUAUUUGACUGUGUUUUCUGUAAACCACUUAGGGAUUUUUGCCUAUGAAGCGGUAUCUAGAUAUUAUUGACGAGGGAGAUGUGCAGCCUUGAUGGCUCAGACCCAUUUUAAAGUCACCUAAGGGUGGGGGGUGGGGGCUGCCCUCACAUCCUGUGGAGCAGGUUCCCAAAUGUAACUGUGCCCUUGUGAUGCCUUGCAGGAUUACGGUGGUUGGCCCCAGACUCGGAAGCGGCAUCCUGCCCGGCUCAGCCAAAGUCAACGACUUCCAGCAGACCUUCAAGCUUCAACAGAAGGACGUGAGCAGCUGUUUCAAAAGUCUCACGGGUUUCCCAGUGGGGGGGGGGAGGGAUGGUGACUGCCGACCAGGCUGGGCAUGGGGAGCUCUGGUCUUAGAAUCAUUUAAUCUUCGAGUUGGAAGAGACCCCCAAGGAUCCUCUAGUCUAACCCGCUGCAGUGCAGGAAUCUCAGCUGAACCAGCCAUAACAGAUAAUAAUAAUAAUAAUAAUAAUAAUAAUAAUAAUAUUUUUUUAUUUAUACCCUGCCCUACCCGGUUCAGAAAACCAGGCACAGGGCGGCUAACAACAAAUUUAAAACACUUAAUUGAUGCAACAAAAAACAGCAUAAAAAACAGUAUAAAAUGUAAAUAAUAAAUUCAGAAUUCAAAAAUCAGUUUAGGGGGAAAAUCCAUCCAAUAAACAUUAGAUAAUCCCCAGGGCUAGCUGGCUAAAUUAGUCCUAUUUGCGCCAGCGAGGAGACCAGGGAAGAAUUAGCUGUGGGAUCCUAGAGUGGGUAAUCUUCAUAAAAAGGGAAGGGGAGGGAAGGAAGGGGAAUAAAAGAUCAGGCUAAGUUCAAAUUGAAAGCCAGGCAGAAUAGCUCUGUCUUACAGGCCCUGCGGAAGGAGGUUCAAUCCUGAAGGGCCCUGGUCUCCUGGGACAGAGCAUUCCACCAUGUUGGAGCCAUCACUGAAAAGGCCCUGGCCCUGGUGGAGGAUAGUCUGACUUCCUUAGGGCCUGGGACCUCUAAACUAUGAUUAUUCAUGGACCUUAAGGUCCUCUGUAGGGCAUACCAGGAGAGGUGGUCCCGUAAAUACAAGGGCCCUAAGCCACAAAGGGCUUUAAAGGUCAAAACCAGCACCUUAAACCUGACCCUGUACUCCACCGGGAGCCAGCGCAACUGGUAAAGGACUGUGUGAAUAUGCUCCCAUGGCAGGUACCCCGUGAGAUGACCAUCCAGCUUCUGCUUGAAAACCUCCAGUGAGGGAGAGCCCCCCACCUCCCAAGGGAAUCUUUUCCACCGUCAUGAGACCCCCAAAAUGAGCGCCAGAGUGCCAGACUGAAAAAGGAGUGUUGCUGGCCCAGUGUUCUGGCACAAGGGCUUGCAGCAGAGUGCUGGACCAAAACAACAGGACAUUCCAGGAUCCAACCAGAAGCCGGGUUUGGCUUCUGUUCUUCUAGGGAUGUCCCAUUUGAAACAGGGAAGUCGAGAGGUGUGUGUGCAUUAGAAGAAACAAAUUCACCCCAAACAACAGGGAAUGUUCAGGGAGCUGGGGAUGUUUAGCCUGGAGCCGAAGAGACAGAGAACUGACCUGGCAGCCACGUUUAGCCUGGAAAAGAGGAGGCUGAGAGGAGAUGUGCCAUCUUCAAAUAACUCAAGGGCUGUCACGUGGAGGAUGGAGCAAGCUUGUUUUCUCCUGCCCUGGAGGGUAGGACUCGAACCCAUGGCUUCAAGUUACCAGAAAGGAGAUUCCGACUCAACAUCAGGAUAAACUUACUGAUAGUAAGAGCCGUUCAGCAGUGGAACCGGACUCCCCUGGACGGUGGUGAACUCUCCUUCCUUGGAGGUUUUUAAGCAGAGGUUAGAUGGCCCUCUCUCAGGAAUGCUUUGACUGUGACUCCUGCGUCGCAGCGGGUUGGACGAGAUGACCCCUGGGGUUCCUUCCAACUCUCUGAUUCUGCGUGCCCCCCCCAAGACAGCCUCCUCUUCCUCCUAACUCCGCUGUUUCUUCCUUUCUUUUCCAGGCCUUGGCUGUUAGUGACCAUUUCCCCGUGGAAGUGACACUGAAAUCUCUUGGCAUUUCCUCCACCCCCAUGUAGCAGCACCCCCAGCGUAGACCUCCGAGGGGGCUGCAGAGCUCUGCCCUCCGGCUGCAGGGGUAGAAAAUGGGCAGAUUCAAACACCACGCUUUAGUUUUGGGAGAAGCCCCCAGGUCCCUCUGGCCUUUGGACGACCAGGACACCAGGCUCCAAGCGGUCCUUUCUGUGGCACGUGAAAUCCAAGCACUCUUCAAAACAAAAGAGGAUUAAUUCCACCCAAAUGUUUUCCCAGCUGCUGUGAAUGAUGAUGCUAAAGAUGAACUGCCAAAUUGCCAAAAAUCAUGGAUUAUGCAAGGGCUGAUGGAUCUGACAAAUGGAAACUCAGCGAGAUAAUAAAAAAUAAUAAAAAAUAAUAAUAAUAAAAUUUUAUAUGUAUCACGCCCUCCCUGGCCAAAGCCAGACUCAGAGCAGCUAACAUCUUAUAAAUCAGACAAUAUGCAUAAUACAAUAUACACUAUGCAAAUAAAAUAACAUUCAACAUUCAUUAAAAUAAUAUAGAAUAUUAAAUAUGGCAAAUCAAAAUGGAGGAUUUUGUAACACUGAACAAGAUAUCUUUGAUUUUAUGGGUAAAGCAAGAAGAAAAACGUUUUAAAGGAUUCGAACAAGAAUGAGCUUCUUUUUUAAAAAAAAAAAAAGGAAUGAAAAAUAAUGGGAGAUAAUUUAUAAUGUUAACCAUUUUCGGGGUCUCUAAGAAUUGUAAUUAAGAAAAUUAGCAAAAAUAAAUAAAAUCAUUCUGUCCAAUGACAGUUCUCAUCCUGUGAGUUAUUUUCUCACAAAGAUGUCAGAUCUUUGCAAGCUGAGUCCAUUUUGUCCACUCUGGUCCUGCCAAGCCCUCGCUCAGCCUUUCGCAACCUGCUGCCCUCCAGGUUCUCUUGGGACUACAACUCCCAUCAGCCCCCUGCCAGCACAGCCAUAUUAGGAGGGGCUGUUGGGAGUUGUAGUCCCAAGCGCCUGGAGGACUGCCGCUAUUUGCAAAGGCCGAGGAAGACCACAAUAACCUCGUCUGCGCAGUUGUAGCAACUGCCCUGGAUGGCUGCCAGCUGAGCGUUCCUUUAGCGCCAGGGCUGGGUGGGCAUCUGAGAGACCCCCAAGCACUGAGACGAUGAGGGUGCUCCCCACUCCCAUAUGUAAUUCAAAAUAAAAAGAGUAUUGAACCGUAAAACAAAAUUGUAUCGGCCACGUUUCAUCCUGCCUCUUCUCUCAGUUAUCCGAACGUUAAAACAAUAAAUUACACAACGUACAACUUA